UACAACCCAAUGAAAUUAGGCGAAACAUAUCAUGCGCUAAGUGUAAUCACAUGAUUGAACGUCAUCGCCAUCUUGCAAAGAACAGAGACGAAAUAGCCGGAAAAACGGGAAUUAUUUAAGUUUACAUCUGAACGAAAACAUUCAACACCAUGUCAUCAGAACCAAUUUACACCCCUUUCUUCGGAGCCAUGGGAGCAACUGCUGCAAUUUCCUUUAGUGCACUAGGAGCUGCCUAUGGAACAGCAAAAUCUGGUACUGGAAUUGCUGCCAUGUCAGUGAUGAGACCUGAGUUGAUUAUGAAGUCUGUCAUUCCAGUUGUCAUGGCUGGUAUCUUGGCUAUUUAUGGACUGGUCGUAGCUGCUUUGAUUGCUAACAGUAUUGACAAAAGUUACACAUUAUUCAAGAGUUUCUGUCAUCUUGGUGCUGGUUUAAGUGUAGGUUUGAGUGGUCUAGCUGCAGGAUUUGCUAUUGGUAUUGUUGGUGAUGCUGGAGUCAGAGGAACGGCGCAACAACCAAGAUUAUUUGUAGGAAUGAUUUUAAUCCUUAUUUUUGCUGAAGUACUGGGUCUUUAUGGACUAAUUGUAGCUCUAAUUCUGGCCACACGACAAGGAUAGUUAUUUAUUUUCUCUCUAAUGUUAACUUCUAAAUGUUUCACACAAAAAUCUAAGGAGAAAUCACAUUGACAACCUCAGAUUUUUGUGUUAUUAAUAGGUCGUUUUUGUUUGUAUGUAAAGAAUAAGUGGAAUAAGUUGCAACGAGGUGUGAGUUGUAUGAAUGGAAAUGUACAUCGCCAAAGAUAACAUAUGCUGGUCAUCAGGGUUAAAUUAGAGACAGUUUGACAAACACAUACAUUUACACUAGUUGCCAUUUGUUUUGCCUGCUUAUAAUGGAUUGGUUGUAAGAAUCCUACUUAGCUCAAAUACACACAAAACAGUACUAGAUGGAUUUCACAGCAAUUUCUGCCGUUUUAAUGACCCAAUGCAAACAAAUUAAUUCAAUGUUAGAUUUAAGACAAAAAAUUACUAUGUGAACACAUUUUUUGAUUAAAAUAUUUCAUUCCAAGAUUCAUCAAUAAAAUAAAAUGUAUAAAUUGAACCUCAUUGACUUAUUAUAUCAUUUAAUGCAAGAACAUUUGAAAUCCAUUCACUGAAACAAUCUUUGUUGAUGUGAAAUACAUCUAUAUAGAGUAUUGACUGGAUAAAGUCCAGGUUGUUUUGCUUUUCAUGACACAAUUUGUCCCUGAGCCUGAGGUCAUCAGAAAUUUUUGAAUUAAAAAAUGUCUCGAAUAUUUUUCAAUAAAGUCUUAUGACAUUCCAAGCAAUGCAUUAUUUUAAUUAAUUAGGAUUUUUUUGUGCAUAUGUUAUUGUACAUGACUGUUAGAACAAGUUCAUUUUAGAUGUAAAUAUAUCAUGUUUUGUUCUCAUUUAUGACAUUUUGUUAAUUUCUGCAAUUACAGGUAAAAAUGUGAUACUGAUUUUUUGUGUUAAACAGGGAAAAAAUUAGUAAUUCUUCAUUUUACUCAAAAAAUGAAAUGUUGCUAAUUAUUUCCCUUGUCUCAUCUAUUAAAGGAAUGAUCUGUUAGGAAGUCCUGUUAAAUGGUUAUAUGCCAAAAGGGACAACAAUAAGGAGUCUAAAAUGAUAUGUCAAUUAAAUAAAAUCAUUUGCUAGUUAUAGAGGUAUUGAAUAUUACCAAUGUAUUCAGGUAAAUGAACAAAUCAAGAUUAAAACAUACAACUAGUAACUAUUAUUUGAUUAUUUUUAUUUUGUAUUAUCUCUUGUCUCUUGGAUAUUUAUUCAUAUAAUUUAUUUAAAAUUGUUUUUACAGAAAUUAUGAUUUAUUAACUGUGAUUAAAGGAAAUUAUAUGUAGUGUGUGCCAGUAAAGUAUUUAUUGAUCUGGGGGGUAAACAGUUCGUCAAGGAUUAAAUUUGUUCCUCUAAAUUUUAUGUUGAAAUGUAUUUUAAAGUGGAAAAAUUGUCAAAACAAUUGUAAAAGAUCCAUGUUGAACUACAAAAUAUCAAAAAAGCUGAAUGGAUUAGAAAACAAACAAAGCAGUUAAUUUCAUUGGAGUUUAAUGAACUUUCAUUCAAGAAAAACAUACUCAAAAAAUAAAAUUUUGGAAAACCAAGGGGAAAUAAUCCACUUUAUAAAUCUUCAAUUUUCUUGUCGUUUAGUACAUAAUAAUCAGAUGAAUGUAUUGUCAGGAUAGAUAGAGAUAUUAUGUAAUUACCUGUUAUACCUGUUUAAUAAAAACCUGUUUCUACAGGUAUAAACAAUGUACAAUAAAAUAAAUCGAAAUAACCA